AUGUCUGAAUUAGAUAUUAAAAAAUUUGAUCUAUGUAUUGUUGGCAGUUGUAAUGUUGAUUUAAUCAGUUAUGUUGAUCGUACACCUAAGAUUGGUGAAACAAUUGAAGGUAAUAAAUUUGAAAAAGGUUUUGGUGGUAAAGGAGCUAAUCAAUGUGUACAAGCUGCUAAAUUAGGUGGAAAAGUAGCCAUGAUUGGCAAACUUGGUGAUGAUGUUUUCGGCAAAGAAUAUCUUGAUAAUUUAAAAAAAUUAGGAAUUAAUACUGAUCAUGUUAGUAUAACAAAUGAAGCAGCUACUGGUGUUGCUCCAAUUAUUGUUGAUAAAGAAGGACAAAAUUCAAUUAUUGUUAUACUUGGUGCUAAUUUAUUACUUAAUGAAGAUGAUAUAAAAAAAGCUGAAAAUAUUAUUCGACAAUCAAAAGUUGUUGUUUGUCAACUUGAAAUUCGACAAGAAACAGUUGCUAAAACAUUUGAAAUUGCACGAAAAUAUUCUGUUUUAACAAUUUUAAAUCCUGCACCAAUGUCAGGAAAAUUAAAUCAAGAUUUAUUAAAACUUGCUGAUGUUAUUUGUCCAAAUCAAACAGAAGCAGAAAUUUUAUGUGAUAUUAAUGUUGAAACAAUCGAUGAUGCUAAAAAAGCAUGUCAAAAAUUACAUGAAUUAGGUUGUCGUAUAGUUAUUAUUACAAUGGGUAGUCAAGGUGCUGUUAUUUUGAAUGAACAAGGUCAAUGUGAACAUGUUGAAAUUGAAAAAUGUUCUUCUGUAUGUGAUUCUACAGGUGCAGGUGAUUCAUUUGUUGGUACUUUAGCAUUAUUAAUGGGACGAAAAGAAAAGAUGUCAUUGAAAGAACAAGUUAAACGUGCUUGUUGUGUUGCCAGUCAAUCAGUAGAAAAAAAAGGUACACAAACAAGUUAUCCAACAAAAGAUGAACUUCGAUUUAAUUUAUUUGAAUGA